UUGAUGAGCCGAUGAUGACUUUGCAUCGUGAAGUGGUGAUUUAAUAAAGUGCUUUAUUUAUUUGAACAUAAUCACUACUCCAAAGGUUGCUUGACCUUAUAAAAAGCCUACGUGCUGGUCUCUGGACCAGAGGACAUCCACCGGAGGAACAUUCUCAAGGAGAGGAGACACUAAAGAUGGAAGCUUCAUCCAAUGUGAAGAAUCCAAGCCAUGAUCAAGUCAUUGGCAUUCCUAUCACCUGUGUCAGAUAUGUAGCUGAGUGUCCAGGCAAACCUGCUUCUGCUUCUCAGCCUGGUAGCUUAUGUCUUCAGUCCACAUCAUAUGGUUCCUCUCAUUUCAGACAGAAAAGAGUGGAUUCAGUGAUUGACUGGAUGAGCAGAUUCAGCAAAAGAGCAGAUAACUAUGCAAAAGGCAUCCGAGAUCAUGUCAGUUUAGGGCCCAAUAUCUCCGAAACUGUGAAGGGAAAGUUGAGCUUGGGUGCAAGGAUUCUUCAAGCAGGAGGUGUCAAGAAAGUCUUCAGACAAAAUUUCUCCAUUGAAAAAGGAGAGAAGCUGCUGAAGGCUUUUCAGUGCUAUCUGUCUACCACUGCCGGUCCUAUCGCAGGGCUGCUCUUUAUUUCAACUAAGAAGAUUGCAUUCCAUAGUGAUAGAUCCCUGACGCUCACUUCUCCCAGAGGAGAAUUGGCCAGAGUUCCCUACAAGGUUUUGAUCCCUUUAGAAAGGAUAAAGAGAGUCAGCCAGAGUGAGAAUGCGAACAAGCCAAACCAAAAGUACAUCCAGCUAGUUACUAAGGAUGAAUUUGAGUUCUGGUUUAUGGGUUUUGUUAGUUAUCAGAGAUCUGUCAAGUACUUGAGGCAAGCUAUCUCAGAUUCAGAAGCAAGGUUUUUGCAGUAAACUGAUUGAUUUGAGCUGCAUGCCUCAACAUAUGGUUUAUCUGCAUAGAGUGAAGAAGAACAUCACAAUUUCUUGUUGUAAUCAGUAAAAAUGGCUCUCCAUUUUUUUUUGUCAGAAGAGUCAGUUAAAUACUCGCAAAAUAGGAUCUGCCUUGCCCGCCUUUUGUACAAAAAUCAUGAAUGUGUGUCUCAUUCUACGCCACAUCAGCGAAUGAAAUACAGGUGUUUUGUUGGU